CCCCCAGCUCCUCCUCAUCCUCAUCCCGAUCCCGGUCCUCAGAGCCCCCAGCCAUGAAGGCCGCCCGGCUGAUGCUGCGGGGCGCCGGAUCCCUGAGCAGCGCGGUCCCCCGGGAGGUGGAACACUUCUCCCGCUACAGCCCCUCGCCCCUCUCCAUCAAGCAGCUGCUGGACUUCGGUACCGAAAAUGCCUGCGAGAGGACCUCGUUCGCCUUUCUGCGGCAAGAACUGCCAGUGAGGCUGGCAAAUAUCCUGAAAGAAAUUGAUAUCCUUCCCGAUCGGCUGGUCAACACCUCUUCGGUGCAGUUGGUGAAGAGCUGGUACAUUCAAAGCCUGAUGGACUUAGUGGAGUUCCACGACAAAAACCCAGAAGACCAAAAGGCUCUUUCUGACUUUAUAGAUGCCCUCAUCACCGUCCGAAAUCGAAAUCACAAUGUGGUCCCCACGAUGGCCCAAGGGAUAAUCGAAUACAAAGACGCCUGCCCGGUGGAUCUGGUGACCAAUCAGAACCUCCAGUAUUUCUUGGACCGGUUCUACAUGAACCGCAUUUCCACGCGGAUGCUCAUGAACCAACACAUCCUUAUAUUUAGUGACAGGAAAACUGGAAACCCUAGCCACAUCGGGAGCAUCGACCCAAACUGUGACGUGGUGGCAGUGAUAGAAGAUGCCUUUGAGAGUUCCCGCCUGCUCUGCGACCAGUAUUAUUUAACUUCUCCGGAAAUGAAGCUCACCCAAGUGAACGGGAAAGUCCCCGGACAGCCCAUCCACAUAGUGUACGUUCCUUCUCACUUGCACCAUAUGCUGUUCGAGCUAUUUAAGAACGCCAUGAGGGCCACCGUGGAGCACCAAGAAAACUGGCCUUCCUUGUCUCCCAUCGAGGUGACCGUGGUCCUGGGGAAAGAAGACCUAACCAUCAAGAUUUCGGACCGAGGCGGAGGCGUCCCCUUGAGGAUAACUGACCGCCUGUUUAGCUACACGUACACGACGGCGCCGACCCCAGUGAUGGACAACUCUCGCAAUGCCCCCCUGGCUGGCUUCGGUUAUGGUCUGCCCAUUUCACGCCUCUAUGCCAAGUACUUCCAAGGAGACCUGAAUCUUUACUCCCUGUCGGGUUACGGGACAGAUGCCAUAAUCUACUUAAAGGCCCUGUCCACGGAGUCGAUAGAGAAGCUCCCGGUUUUCAACAAAUCGGCCUUCAAGCAUUACCAGACGAGCCCGGAAGCCGGAGACUGGUGUGUGCCCAGCAAAGAGCCGAAGGACCUGUCGAAGGAGAAGGUGGCCAUGUGAGAGGACUCGUCGGGGGGCAGGAGGCCAGUGGUUUCCCCCCAGUCCCCCCGUCCUCCGCCCCCUUCCUCCACCCACGCAUCCAACCACGGACCGUGACUCCGGGUGGGAGCGGAAAGCAGGUGGUUUUCGGGUCCUCUCCAAGCGUUCCCAGCUACUCGACGCUUUGGAAAUCGAGAGAGAUGCCCCCUCUCUUCCCUCCCCGGACGGACUGCCCCCAAUUCCCAGCCCGAAAUGGACGGAGGCCAAGAAGGAAGUUUGCCGGCCAGCACCGGGAGGAACGGAAGGCAGAAGACGUCGGUUUUGAAGCCGCUCUCUUACUUAGUCGCAAAUGGUCUGGAUCCCCUUCCCCCUCCAGUUUUUCCCCCCGUUCCCAUCCAAAACUCCUUGUGACGAGGGGCAAAGCAGAGGUCUAGUGAGGGAAUGAAAGCCAUUUUUUUUUUAAAUAGUAUUUGAGCACUUCCUAUGUGUCAAACACUAAUCAUGUGUCAAACACUAGGAG